AUCAUACUCCAUGAUGUACACCAUGAUCAUAACUGUCUCUGAUUGAGAAUUUGGAGCACAGAGUCUUUGUGCAUCGUUUUUUUUCUCAGAAAAAGUGCUGUCAAUUGACAAAAUUCAAUAAAAUGAAUAUCACUUCAGCAGCUGGUAUAAUCUCUUUGUUAGAAGAACCAAUGCCUGAAUUAAAAGUAUUUGCUUUAAAAAAAUUGAACAUGAUAGUUGACGAGUUCUGGCCUGAGAUUUCUGAAGCAAUAGAAAAAAUUGAGAUUUUGCAUGAGGAUAAAGGGUUUCAACAACAUGAACUGGCUGCUCUGGUUGCCAGUAAAGUAUAUUAUCAUUUGGGAAGUUUUGAGGAUUCUCUGACUUAUGCCCUUGGAGCAGGAGAAUUGUUUGAUGUCAAUGCUAGAAAUGAAUAUGUUGAUACUACUAUUGCUAAAUGUAUUGAUUAUUACACUCAACAACGUGUGUUGGAGGCAGAGGGAAAACUUGCUCCGGGUAGUAAAAGCAUUGAUCCUAGGUUAGAAGGAAUAGUGAAUCGAAUGUUUCAACGCUGCUUGGAUGACAAUCAGUAUCGUCAAGCCUUGGGUCUUGCUUUGGAGACACGCAGAAUGGAUAUUUUUGAGGCAGCUAUUAUGCAGUCUGAUGAUGUGAGUGGAAUGCUGUCAUAUGCCUUCCAGGUUGCAAUGAGCCUCAUCCAAAAUCGCGGUUUUCGUAAUACAGUGCUUCGUUGCCUUGUCAAUCUUUAUAGGAAUCUUGAUACUCCUGACUAUGUCAAUAUGUGUCAGUGUCUGAUCUUCUUGGAUGAUCCAUUAGCUGUGGCAGAGCUCCUAGAUCGACUGAGCAAGGGUUCGAAUGACUGCGUGUUAAUGGCCUAUCAGAUUGCUUUUGACUUGUACGAAUCCGCGACUCAACAGUUCCUCGGCCGUGUCAUGCAGGCGCUACGAGCCACCGCGCCUAUUCCGGGAGCGCUUAUGGUUAAACCGGUGAUAAAGCCAGCUACCGAUAUCACGGUCAAAGCUACCGAAGUCAGCACGGAAUCUGCAGCAAACACGGAGACUGAUGAAACAACUACCACUACUACUCCUGAUACAGAAGAAAAGACUCAACGCAGCGUCGAAAGUUUGAACGCGGAGGAGAGAGAACAGCAAGAACGCGUGGACGCUUUAUCCAGCAUUCUGGGCGGCGAAGUGUCCAUUGAUCUGCAUUUGCAGUUCUUAAUUCGCAGCAAUCAUACAGACAUGCUGAUUCUGAAGAACACUAAGGACGCUAUACGUGUAUCAAUAUGUCACACUGCCACCGUAAUCGCAAACGCUUUCAUGCAUUCCGGGACGACAAGCGAUCAAUUCUUAAGAGACAACUUGGAGUGGUUGGCUAGAGCGACUAAUUGGGCAAAAUUGACCGCAACAGCUUCUCUGGGAGUAAUUCAUCGAGGACAUGAGCAAGAAGCUUUGGCUCUUAUGCAAUCUUACUUGCCAAGAGAUUCCGGCGCCGCUGGUGCCGGAUACUCGGAAGGCGGUGGUUUGUAUGCUUUGGGGCUCAUACAUGCUAAUCACGGAGCGGCCAUUACAGAUUAUCUUUUGGGCCAGUUAAAAGAUGCUCAAAACGAAAUGGUUCGUCACGGUGGCUGUCUCGGUCUUGGACUGGCUGCAAUGGGCUCUCAUAGACAAGAUGUUUAUGAGCAACUAAAAUUCAAUUUAUAUCAAGACGACGCUGUGACUGGCGAAGCAGCUGGAAUCGCCAUGGGUAUGGUUAUGCUAGGAUCCAAAUCCACUCAAGCUAUUGAAGAUAUGGUUGCGUACGCUCAAGAAACGCAGCAUGAAAAGAUACUGCGUGGUCUGGCGGUCGGUAUCGCCUUUACGAUGUACGGCCGUCUCGAGGAGGCCGAUCCCUUGGUGACGUCCCUAUGCGCUGAUAAAGAUCCGAUCCUACGAAGGAGCGGCAUGUAUACUCUAGCGAUGGCUUAUUGUGGCACAGGAAACAAUCAAGCCAUCCGAAAGCUUUUACACGUUGCUGUCUCUGAUGUUAAUGAUGAUGUUCGACGAGCUGCAGUUACUGGUUUGGGUUUCCUGUUAUUCCGCACUCCGGAACAAUGUCCCAGCGUGGUGUCACUAUUAGCUGAAAGUUACAAUCCUCAUGUUCGGUACGGGGCGGCAAUGGCGCUAGGGAUCGCUUGUGCAGGCACCGGUUUGAAGGAAGCCAUCGCCUUACUGGAUCCGAUGACUAAUGAUCCAGUGAAUUUUGUCAGGCAGGGCGCACUGAUUGCCUCCGCAAUGAUUUUGAUCCAGCAAACAGAAUCUACGUGUCCUCGCGUUAAAGACUUCAGAGCGUUGUACGCUAAGGUCGUCGUAGACAAGCACGAAGAUGUGAUGGCCAAAUUUGGAGCUAUUCUAGCGCAAGGAAUUAUUGACGCCGGCGGUCGCAACGUUACCGUGUCUUUGCAGUCACGAACCGGACAUACAAACAUGUUAGCGGUGGUUGGUGCCCUGGUGUUUACCCAAUACUGGUAUUGGUUUCCACUGGCGCACUGUCUAGCUCUAGCAUUUACACCUACGUGCUUAAUCGCCCUGAAUGCUCAGCUGAAGAUGCCCAAAUUGGAGAUCAGGUCGAACGUCAGGCCGAGCGUGUACGCUUAUCCUGCGCCACUCGAGGAGAAAAAAAGGGAGGAACGGGAGAAAGCAACUAUUGCUAUUCUCAGUCUAGCCGCUCGCGCCAGAAGGCGCGAAUCCGAAAGAAAAGCCAGGGAUUUGCAAGAGAAGAUGGAAGUGGAUCCUCCUUCAGAGACGAAGGAGCUUCAAGAAGUAAAGGAAACUGUAGCAUCUCCGAAGGAAAAGGAUGACAAGAAAGUUACCGAGAAAGAAGUCAAAGAAUCUAAAGAGAAAAUCGAAAAGAAAGGAGGCAAGGAUGACGAGAAGGAGAAGAAGGAAUCCGAGCCGAGUUUUGAAAUUCUUCAGAAUCCUGCGCGGGUAUUGCGUCAGCAGUUGAAGGUUAUUCAGCUGGUUGAGAGCAGCCAUUAUGUUCCCGUCAAGGACAUUCAGAUCGGUGGCAUUGUUAUGGUCAAGCACAUACAGACCGAUACCGAAGAGGAACUUGUUGAGCCUGUCGCCGCUUUUGGACCAAAACCAGAAGAGGAGAAGGAAGCUGAUCCGCCUGAGCCAUUUGAAUAUACUGAAGAUUAAGAAUUGAAAACAUGAGUUAUUCUAUUAUCCCAUUUUGUCAUACGUCAGUGCGAUAUAUAAUCGCAAUACGUCCUCGCUGGUUUCUUGUUAAUAUUUCACAUGUUUUUUUACUGUUUAUCAUAAAUUUCAUCUUGCGUGUCUAUCUAAUCAGCGAAACACUGCGAGCUCGAAUAAAGCAAUUGCGUCACA